AUGGUCCCAUUCUGGUUCGGCCUUGCUGAACCAUUCCGAACUGUUAUCGACUUUGACUUUGACUUUGACUGUGACAACUUCGGUCUCCACGUCAAACUGUUGUCUUCAGGAUUCGCACUACUGGUUAAUCAGGCUACCUUUAGCCUUUUUGAAGAACCCAUUCCACCCCGACCCAUGCAAUUCCACCCCACCCAAUACCAACCCGAACUUGGUCAAUAUGGACCCCAAGUCGUGGAACCAGAGCCCAUUCCACCCCGACCCAUGCAAUUCCACCCCACCCAAUACCAACCUGAACCCACUCAAUACCAACCCCAGUCCACUCAAUACCAACCUCCCACACCUGACCCAAACCAAUUGUUGGGAGUCAUAUAUGGCUCAACGGAUACCGCGGACGACUACCAUGUACACCAGAUCUGCAAUGGCCCCCAAUGGAUGGACUGA